GGAGUUGAGGAGGGGGGUACAAAUGAGUGUGCAGAACCAGCAGCAGAAACAGACUCGCUGACCCUCAGUUCACAGCUGAAACGAUGUCGUUUAUAUUUACAUCAUAUAUCGUUUUAAUGCCAGCGGUGCUCAGUAUGGUCUUCGCAGCUGGUACAUCCACAGGCGCAAAGACAAAACCUAAGACGUUUUCAUACUUUGCGUACGGCAGCAACCUGCUGAAGGAGAGACUGGAACUGAGAAACCCUUCAGCCACAAUGCAGAGUGUAGCAAAGCUUCAGGAUUACAAGUUGGUGUUUGGAAAUCAUAACGGUGUGGUCAGUAAACGUUGGCGAGGAGGCGUGGCUUCAAUUGAGCCAAGUAAAGGAGACACUGUGUGGGGCGUGGUGUGGAGAAUUAACACUGCACAUCUCACCAGCUUGGACAGACAAGAGGGUGUGAAAUCAGGUGUGUAUUCCCCUGUGUAUGUCGAAGUGCUGAGUCAGGGUCAAACACUCACCUGUCGCAGCUACAUCAUGAGCAGCAGAGUUGAGGCACCACCGUCUCCACAAUACCUGAAGGUGAUAGCGAUGGGAGCUGAGCAGAACGACUUACCCAAAUCUUAUCAGGACCAACUGAAGUCUAUCAAAACCAACAACUAUGACGGACCACUUCCUGUCAUGGACGAGGUGUACACUGCGAGAAGAAACUCCAAGAAAGAGUCAGCCUAAGGCUUUAAAUCAUAAAGAUAUGACCAUAAAAACAGGAACUGUACUGUGCAAAUUUUUUUUAUUAUUUUUGUGUAAUAUAGAUAAAUUAGGCAUGAACUAGUAAAAUGUUCUUAUAUUGCUUAAAUUAAAUAUAUUGUGGCGUAGGCGGGUCGGCAGCUGACGACCAUCAUGCAUUGCGGGGGGUUUGCAAUGUGUUCACCCUGUUGGGGAAGGUUGUUUGGGGUGUGGAGUGUGUGUGAUCUGUUGAAUGUGCUCUGGUUUAUGCUAAGGCUAAAUUGGAUGUGGUUCUUGUGUGAAUGUACUGCUCAUGCUAUACAAGUGCUGUGUAAAAUAAAGUACUCCCAGUCAUUGCAUUGGGCAGCAAUUAA